AAUUAUUUCACACAAUUCAAUCGAUCAAAAGCUCUCUCCUUCGUUUUAAAAGCUAAAGACUAAGAAGAGUACUCUGCUAUUCUCACUUGAACAUGUCGAUUACGUUGAUACACCGUUACCUUGUCCGAGACUUUUUCGCUGUUCCGUUUCUUACACCAUACGGAAUCGGUUACCACCACUUUUGUCGUAACUCCUUCUUACAUGUUCCUCAAAGAGUUGUUCCUCCUCUCUUGGGUUUGAAGAAACGUCCACAAAAGCCUUACUUCAAACCUUCUACUACCGAGAAGCCGCAAUCUAACCCCGAUCCUGUUCAUGAUGAGAAGCCUAAGCCUGUUCAAGCUAAAGCACCACCGACUCAAGAAGCGGAAUUUUUUGAUGGUUUGGUCACCAUGGGUGCUGCUCCUUCACCAAGACACGUACCGAUCCCGAUGUUUUAUGUUCGAGAGAAGAUCAAAGAGUCCUCCAAGCUAACCAAGACUUGAAUGAGAUAAUUCAAGAGACCAA